UACCACGGCUCCACCAUCACGUCUUCCACCGCCAUUUUGUUAGGUAAAGGGUGAAAGGUGAAAGGGUAACGUUCUCUGGCUGGCCAAAGGUCGUUUGGCGCGAAGUCAAACUUCGUUCGUGUUGGAUUUGUGAUAUGCCCUGUAGUUUAGUAUGGGUGACGCGGAACGGUACUAUGUUGGAGUGGAUGUAGGUACGGGUAGUGCACGUGCGGCACUCGUAGACGGAAUAGGACGGGUACGGUCCACGGCAGAACAUCCCAUCCAAACAUGGAACCCACAACCAGACUUCUACCAGCAGUCAUCAGAGGACAUCUGGACUGCCUGUUGCACGGUCGUCAAGAAGGUGACCUCAACAGUGGAUGUGACCCUGGUCCGUGGAGUUGGGUUUGAUGCAACAUGUUCACUGGUCCUGCUGGACACGGAGGGCAACCCUCUCACAGUCAGCAAGUCAGGCGAGAAUGAGCAGAACAUUGUCCUAUGGAUGGACCAUCGAGCCACGAAGCAGGCAGAGAGAAUAAACGCUACCCAUCAUGCCGUACUGAAAUAUGUAGGCGGAGCAAUCUCUCCAGAAAUGGCACCCCCCAAACUACUCUGGCUAAAAGAGAAUAUUGGUGAGGCAUGCUGGGACAAGGCAGGUCACAUGUUUGAGUUACCUGACUAUCUGACAUGGAGGGCUACAGGAAGUACUUCCAGGUCCCUGUGCAGCCUGGUCUGCAAGUGGACGUACUCUGCAUCUGAAGAGUGGAGCGACAGUUUCUGGCAGGAGAUUGGACUGGCAGAUCUUCUUUCAGAUAAAUAUGCAAAAAUUGGCUGUGAAGUGCAGUCGCCUGGUGAGAGGGUAGGAAAGGGGCUGACCAAGUCUGCUGCUGUAGAGCUGGGGCUAGUGGAGGGUACAGCUGUGGGGACCUCACUCAUUGAUGCACACGCAGGAGGACUAGGAAUGGUUGGUGCAGAUGUCAAAGGUCAUGGCCUUCCCUGUGAAAAUCAGCCAAUCACAGCUCGACUCUCCCUCAUAUGUGGCACAUCCUCCUGUCAUAUGGCACUCAGUAAGGAUGCCAUCUUUGUGCCAGGAGUGUGGGGACCUUACUUCUCUGCUAUGGUUCCGGGCCUCUGGCUCAGCGAGGGAGGGCAGAGCGCAACAGGAAAAGUGAUAGACCAUGUUGUAGAGACCCAUGCUGCCUUUCCAGAACUCAAGGAGAAGGCAAACAGCAGUGGCAAGUCUGUCUAUGAAUACCUGAACACGUACCUUGACAGUCUGGCAUCAGACAAGCACCUCUCCUCACCAGCCACCCUAGCCAGCGGUCUCCAGGUGUGGCCAGAUUACCAUGGCAACAGGUCACCCCUUGCCGACCCCUCCCUUACUGGCAUGAUCUGUGGUCUCCGUUUGAGUGCCGGCCUUGAAGACCUUGCACUCCUGUACCUGGCCACAGUGCAGGCCCUGGCAUACGGCACCAGACACAUCCUGGAGGCCCUGCAGGGGGCUGGGCAUGACAUCACCACCCUGUUCAUGUGUGGGGGGCUCAGCAAGAAUCCGCUGUUUGUACAGACUCAUGCUGAUGUCACAGGCCUGCCUGUAGUUCUUCCUGCAGAGCCUGAAUCAGUGCUGAUUGGAGCAGCUAUUCUGGGAGCCUACGCUUCAGGGGACUUUUCAACUAUACAGAGUGCAAUGGGCUGCAUGGCUAAGGUUGGGUCAGUGAUACGACCGAGACUACAGGACAAAAGGUAUCAUGACAAGAAGUAUGCUGUGUUCCUAAAGAUGGUGGAGAACCAGAGAGAAUAUGCCAGCAUCAUGUCUAGUACUUAAGUUGAUACCAAUAGUAUGGUACUGUAUUGUGGUAUCGAGAACUGAUGAACUCACAAGGAAAAUUUUAAAUGCAGUCAAACUUCUUUUAUAGACAUGUGAGGGAUAGAGAUAAAGUCUUUGUUUCGUAGAAGUUUAAUAGAUGGUCAAUAAAAUUGCUCGGACUGAUUCAUAAAUAUGUACAGAUAAAAAUAUUAUGAUGAUAAUAAAACAAGCAGACAUAAUGAGGCCCAUUGGCUCAGUCAAACAUACGUGUUCUUCAUUAUUGUAAUAAUAAUUGCGCUGAUCAACCAAUAUGAACUAGAAAGGUAACAUUUGCUUGGUUAAUACAUAGUACUUAUACCUUUUCAUGGUCUGGCCUAACAAAGCACUGCCCUGUUAAUUCUUACUCAAGCACAUAUGGUGACCAGCCCCUCCAGCUCUGUCCUACCACUUGCUACACAUGUAAUUGGAAAGGGGCAAGGUUAAAUCAAGUGCAGCCUGCCCCUGUGAGGAAGACCCCCAAACCCUACAUCAC